AAACUUGUAUCCUAAGCUACGUACUGGGAACCUCGUUUCACCAUCAUUGCUUAGGGGAAAGUCCCCGGACACUGGGCAGAGAUGUCCUGCAUGCAGCGCAGAACGUUGGUUUGCGUAGCGUAGCAAAGCUAAGAUGUCUGUGACUGAGCUGUACGCUUGUAAACCCGGUUUGUCAAUGAGCAUAGAUAUGCAAGUGAAGUACCACGCUACUUCAACAGAACGGGGCUCAUUCUCAGCUUGCGCAAUAUUUUACUUUAAAUUCACGUCGAUUGAACUGAGAGCAAAACUUGACGAUUUAACGUCCAACCGUAAUGAAGUAGAACUAUGGCACUGAUAAUUUACCCCACGAUAAUAACUUAUUAUUGUCAACCCGAUGUUGACUUAGCAUGUUAUGCUAACGCUCGUAUGGUUUCUGUUCGUUUUUAAUGAAUCGAUCCUCCCAUCAUGAGCUCUGGACGCGCCCAGCUGAUCCUGCGAUCCGCCUACAUCUCAGCAACGUCGCCUCUCAUUUGCUAACGCAUCUGAAAAUGCCAAACGCGGCAUUUUAUGGGUUGAUCCUACGCAUGCGCACAUCCGAUAGUUUUGUUUGAAGGAGUUCUCGUAGCCAGGGAAGACUGGACUGAAUGUGCCCGGAAAGAGUGGCUUCAGCACAAGGUUGCCAACUAACAUCAUAUUUUAAAGGAACCUAUGAGUGGAAAGCACUCGUUUUUAAAUCGCAGUUCUUGUCCAAAAGGUGCAUACCUGCUUGAUGUAUUACCAUCACCAUGUUAGGGCAUUAUCCAAACGUGGAAAAAUCGCAGCUUGUCAACUACGUGGAGGAUUAUUUGGAAUGUGUUGAAUCGCUACCUUUGGACAUACAGAGGAAUGUUUCGUUGUUACGCGAGAUCGACACGAAGUAUCAAGAGGUCCUCAGGGAGGUGGAUGAGAUCUAUGAAAAGUACAAAAAGGAGGCUGACAGCGGGCAACGCAAGCGCCUGCAGAUUCAAUUGCAGCGAGCUCUCAUCAGCAGCCAGGAGCUGGGAGAUGAGAAAAUCCAUGUGGUCACACAGAUGAUGGAAGUCGUGGAGAAUCGGUCACGCCAGAUCGAGGCCCACUCGCCCUGCUUCUUGGAGCCAGGAGAACCAGAGCGACCUCCUGAGAAGGUGAGGCACGAUCCUGCAAGCACCUCUGCAAACAUUUUGCCCGAGCGUUCCUCGGCACGGCGGCCCAGACGUCAGCGCAACAGCGAGAGCCGUGACACGUGUCACGGUGCCAAUGGGGCCCUGGAAGACCUAGGCGAAGAGCCUCCACCGCAGCCCCGUGAGAAAAAGUCCAAGUCGGCCAAGAAGAAGAAGCGCUCCAAAGCCAAGCAGGAGCGAGAAGCGUCCCCGGUCGAGUUCACCAUAGAUCCGAAUGAGCCCACCUACUGCCUCUGCGAACAGGUGUCCUAUGGGGAGAUGAUUGGCUGCGACAAUGAGCAGUGUCCUAUUGAGUGGUUCCACUUUUCAUGUGUUGGACUCACCUACAAACCCAAGGGUAAAUGGUAUUGCCCCAAAUGCAGGGGUGACAGCGAAAAGACUAUGGAAAAGAGCGCAGAUAGGGCCAAGAAGGAUAGGCGGUCCAGGUAGUGCCUUACAGAAGAUGUGCUAUGUUAAUAUUAAAGAUUGUUUAAGUGAAAAUAUGCCUGUAUGGGGAUUGGCAUUUUUUGUGUUUAACUUAUGUUAAGGUUCUCCUCACGCCAGUGUUGUAGUCGAGUCCAACUUAAGUCCGAGUCAAGAGCGAGUCCAGAUAAAGUCCGAUCCCUGGUCUUGACUUGGACUCGACUACAACACUGGCUCAUGCACUUAGCUAAAACGUUUCCAAACAGGUGCUGUUGUUGCUAAUGCAUUAGGAUGGAUGGUAAAUAUGACCAACAGACUUAACCCUGGAAACACAGAUGUUUAAGAUACUGCCACUAAUGUCCAUAGACAAUGAAGAGUUUUUUUUUUAACGUUUUACUGUUAUUUGUUGGUUUCAAUAAGCCUCAAGCGUUUAUAUAUUGGAGGUCACCCAGUCCAGGGUAAUAUGUGUUGUUAAAAAAGAGGCACAUGAUUGACAUGCACAGCAUUAUGUCCACAUCUUUUUUUAUGUUUGCAUUUCUUGUUCUUUCAUUCCACAUUUUAGCAAAUGUAUAUGAAAAAACACCUCCGAAAUGUCUUCCAGUGAAAGAACAAAUUCACUUUCUUUGUUACUAUUUUGGAGUGAUGUUUUCAGUUUUGUUUAAGUUUCAUGUAUUUAAAUAAAUCAGUGCUUGUUAUGUCUCUAA